UUUUUUAAUAUUAUUAAGAAAAUGUAAUGUCAUUAUUCUACAAAAUGUCUCUAAUUCUUUCAUUACAAAAGAGAUGGCAAUCAAAGAUGGCAUUCUACACGUGUCAUGUCUUAAUUCGUGGUUAUCCUUCUAAUGGAGAAGUACACUUAGAACAUAUCUUAAUAUUGUUAUUUUAUCUUUGGUCAACUCGUGUUUAUUUCUCAAUUAGUGUCUUUGACAGAAACUCGUGUCCUUGUUAUCAGUUUUGGACUAAUUUCUAACGAUAGACUGAAAAAAGUCUCAGGAAGAUAAGUAAAUAUUCAAAAGAUGAGUACUAGUUAAGACAUUCAAAAGUUGAGUACUAGUUAAGACAAAAUCCACCCGUAUUCUAAGGCGAAAUAAUUUCUUACGAGUGGCAUUCAAACCCUUAUAUAUCUUCAUAAAUGCUAGUACGUAACCUUUUAGUAUUUAAUAAAUUAUCUUAAACUGGGAGUAAAGUGAAAACAAUACUUCGAAUGAUAUAUAAAAGAUAAGAUAUUAAUUAAGUGUUGACCCGUAUUGUAAGGAGAAAAAAUAAAUAAAGGUUUGCAAGCCUAAGAAGCAAGUUCAACACGCAUGUUACUGGUGAUGUAUUUGAAACUUAUUUUUCUCUCUAUAUAAAGGAACUCAAUAUAUACGAUAAUAUAUACAAAAGCAAUAAAAAUCAUAAAACAUGAUGAAAACAUCUCGAUUGAUAAUGAUAUCUUUCUUGCUCGUUGCCAUAACAAGAUCAUAUGAUGUUCUUGGCGAAGGCACAGACGUAGUUUACGAUGCAGAUGCGCAGCCUGUUAUGGCCAACGUUCCUUAUUACAUCAGCUUCAUGACGUACGAGUACAAGAUGUGGAUUUGCCGUGUGAAUAUGGGAUCUAAUGAUCCCAAGUCAUGCCCACAACAACCGGUAAUGAUCACUAACCCACCUUCAGAUCUCCCCACACAAGUUAUGUUUCUGUUACCAGCAUCAGCACCAAAUAACACCGUUCACGAAUCAACCGAACUUAAUAUUAAGUUCAUAAGUCCCGGUCAAUGCGGUGAAUCCGGGUUUUGGAGAGUAGUUCAGAAUAGCACAACUUUAGAAGGUGAAGUUGUCCUGAACGGGUGUAAGUCAAAUAAUGAUAGUAAGUUCUUUAUACAUAAAACUAAUGAAUAUUACGAGUUUACUGUCGGAGACAACGACAAUGUAGAUCCAAUCACUAUCAGUCUAUCUAACGAACCAGUUGGUAGACAAAAGCUGUUAGCGAAAAGGUUUGCUGGAGUGAUGGAGGUUUACUUCUACCGGAAUAUGCCUAAGGAACAAGUUUAGUUUUUUUUUUUAAUGUAAUGUUUAUUUCAGUAACAAAUAAAACUUGUUGUAAAACAUGAUAUAUAGUACGUGAAAGUGAUGUAACUUUAUUUACAA